AUGUUUGUGCUACCACCACCGCCAACUUCAACCAAAAAUGCCCUGCCGGGCCUGUUGCCCAAACGCAAGGGACACGACAAUCUGGCACCCGUGCCAGAAGACCAGGAAUUCGUAAAUGCACCUCCGGAAUUCGCAGACCGUGCCAGAGACGAGAUUCACAAAAGACUUCUCGGAACCAGAAUAAGGAAAAACAGCACAACAGAGUCUCACAGCUCCCGCUUGUCGCAAAAUCGAGACCGUCAAUCGCGUCCCGAUUCAGACACGUUGUCGCUUGCGACGACGUCUACAAACGGGUCCAGCGUUUUUUCCACUAGCGGCCACACUACUGCCACAGGGUCCACGGGCUCUACAGGCUUCUCAGGGCUCACGUCAACUAGUUCGGCGGCGUCGUUCAUCGGCUACAUUGACAAACCGCGUUCCGUCUCGCUGCAGGACGCUUUGCCCAAAACGUUUUAUGACAUGUACGCUUCCGAUCUGCUACUGGAUCCGCAUAAUCUGCUUUGCAACGGUCGUCCCAAAUUCACCAAACGCGAGCUACUCGAUUGGGAUCUCAACGACAUCCGAUCGCUUUUGAUAGUGGAGCGGUUACGUCCGGAAUGGGGGUAUCAGUUCCCUGUCAUCGAAUUCGACACCACGUCGAUCACCACGUCAUCCUCAUCGGCCAAGACUCCUGUGCCACAAUUCCGGUUCCAGCUGCUGCCGCUCGACUCUCCUGACGACAUGAUUAUCCGGUGUUUGGUCGAAUCAGAUUUGUAUUUAGAGGCCAACCUGGACUACGAGUUCAAGCUCACUAGUGCCAGAUACACUGUCAGUGCAGCCCGCAAGCGUCACGAACAGCUUGUAGGCCGUCAUGAGCCUGUCAUGAGACUUUCAAAACCCGAGUGGAGAAACAUCAUCGAGAAUUAUUUGCUGAAUAUCGCAGUUGAGGCCCAGUGCCGUUUCGACUUCAAGCGUCACUGCGCAGAAUAUAAGAAAUGGAAGCAACAACAAGCUCUGGUAAAAAAACCAGACAUGCCUCCUCCUUCCACUAUUCCACAGCGCAAACGCGAGCCCUCUCUACUGAGGAAAACGCUGUUGAAGAACACCGCAAUCAAAUCGACGUCUUCGACCCCCGAAGAGACCUUGCCCACCGCCGCGAACACUGCAUUCAAAAAUCCCAAUUUCAAAGUGUCUUUGACGAAGGACGAGAAAUCCAUGCUAUGGUCACAAUGCCAGUCCCAGGUCUACUUGAGAUUGGGCUUGGAUUGGACUCCCGAUCGCGUCUGA